AUGGAGCAAAACGCACACAGAUCCUAUAUCCACCUCAGCCUCUUCCUCUUCCUCUUCCUCUGGUUCACUCUGGGAAAUUUCUGGGUCUUUUCCAUUUACCUGCCUAAUUUCACACCCCCUUUCGAGCAGCCUUAGAAACCUUGCAAAAGAACACUGUACCUUUUUGCAGUUGGGGUUCUCAUCCUCAGUCAUGCGAUGGCAAGUAUAACCAAUUCCACCAGAAAAAGAAGUGUCAGUGAGGAGGAGAAACUGGACUUCUCCAUUAGUCGUUAG